GGGAGGGGUCUCACAGCCCCCCGGCCGCAGGGCAUGCUGACGCUGGUGCUGAGCUGCAUCGACCGCCUGAGCGCCUACAGCACCGCGGCGCAGUUCGGGGAGGCCGCGGGCGAGGAGGCGGCGGCCGCCUGGAAGGAGAUCGUCAACCUGCUCUACGAGCUGCUGGCCUCGCUGAUCCGGGGGAACCGAGCCAACUGCGCGCUCUUCUCCACCAACCUGGACUGGCUGGUCAGCAAACUGGACAGGCUGGAGGCCUCCUCGGGCAUCCUGGAGGUGCUGUACUGCGUGCUGAUCGAGAGCCCCGAGGUGCUGAACAUCAUCCAGGAGAAUCACAUCAAGUCCAUCAUCUCGCUGCUCGACAAGCACGGCCGCAACCACAAGGUGCUGGACGUGCUGUGCUCGCUGUGCGUCUGCAACGCGGUGGCCGUGCGCUCCAACCAGAACCUGAUCACCGAGAACCUGCUGCCGCGCCGCGACCUGCUGCUGCAGACCGGCCUGGUCAACUACGUCACCAGGUGGGACAGGGGCCUCCACCUGUGGACAGGACCACCCUGGAACCCCCACUCUGACCCCUGA